AUGCCUGGCAUAGAUCCCGAUCUAAUGUCCUACAAACUCGCCGUCUAUCCGGGUUCUAGACCUAUUCAGCAAAAGCGGAAAAAACUCGGGCCCGAAAGGACACAGGUUGUGAAGGAACAAGUUCAAGCCCUAUUAGAAGCAGGAUUCAUAAGAAAGGUAAAUUAUCCAUUGUGGCUGGUCAACGUAGUUUUGGUAAAGAAGCAAAACAGAAAAUGGAGGAUGUGUGUCAAAUACACUGACCUCAAUAAGGCUUGCCCCAAUGAUCCAUACCUUCUUCCCAGCAUCGAUGCCCUAGUUGACUCAGCCUCCGGCUAUAGAUACUUGUCCUUCAUGGAUGCCUACUCGAGAUACAACCAAAUCUCGAUGCAUAAACUAGACCAAGAGAAGACCUUAUUCAUAACUCCAAAAGGUAACUAUUGCUACGUAGUAAUGCCUUUUGGAUUAAAGAAUGCCAGAGUCACAAACCAGAGACUGAUGAACAAUGUGUUUUCCUCCAACUUAGGAAAACUUAUGGAGGUAUAUGUGGACGACAUGCAUGUUAAAACCAAGGUCGACUCAACACUUUUGUCCGAUCUUUUAGAGGCAUUCUCUACCAUAAGGAAGCAUGAGAUGAGGUUCACACAUAAAGGUCCGUACCAAUCAACCAAUGAAACACAUUUUACAAAAGACGGACCUAGCAGGACGGAUGCUGCAAUGAGCUGUGGAAUUGUCCAAAAGGCAAUCAAAUCCCAAUAUCUUACCGACUUUGUAGCUAAAUACAUUGAAAGUCAGGAAAGUCCAACUACAUGGAACUUAUAUAUAGACGGAUCAUCCAACAAAGUCGACAGUGGAGCAGGCGUCAUUCUUGAAAGUGAGCAAGGAACUCAUAUAGAACUCUCAUUAAGGUUCGAGUUUCCUACUUCUAAUAACCAAGCAGAGUAUGAAGCCUUACUUACUGGCCUGAAGCUGGCUAAAAAAGUAGGGAAAAAAAGGCUGAUAGUAUUCAAUGACUCUCAAGUGUUAACUUUACAUAUUGACAAUACCUAUCAAGCCAAAGAUCCAAACAUAAAGAAAUACUCAGAUGAAGCAUGA